AUACAUAUUUUAAUUGAAUAUUUGUCACCCUCUCAGAGUCAGGGUCUGGAUGGAUUCGAUGUCUGGCCCACCAUCAGCGAGGGGAAGGAGUCGCCCCGUCAGGAGAUCCUUCACAACAUCAACCCUCUGCACAAACCUCCGCCGCAAACCAUGAAGUGGGACGUCAGCACGGAGAGAGCUAAGGCAAGCAAAUCGAAAGGCACAAAGAAGCCGAAGAAGAAGAAGAAAAAGAAGAAGAAGAAGAUCCUGAGGCAGAAACCGAAGCAGAAGUCAGCUUUUAGGGUGAAGAAACCCCAUCCUGCUGCUAAACCUGCACCCACACUUAAAUCCAAGCCCUCUCCCAAAACAAAGCUUAAGCCCUCCCCCAACACAAAGCUCAAGCCCUCUCCCAACACAAAGCUCAAGCUCUCUCCCAAAACAAAGCUUAAGCCCGUUCCUAAAAUAGCAAAAAAGGAAGUUAUCAAACAAAAGCGUAAGCCUGUUCCCAAACCGAAGCUUAAGCCCGUUCUAAAACCCAAACCCACAUCCAGGACAAAAGUUUACCCCCUGACCCCGAGACUGACGACAUACAAUCCAUCGGGUUCGGGAACAUCUCGCCCUAAAUCUCAGCCUCAGAUCCAGCCACGCUUGAAGCGAAAAUCCAGGAGAAACACAUCGCAGAACUUUUCACACUCAAGACCACCUCAACGUAAAUCCAAGACGGAGCACACAUUACAUUUCCAGUCGAGGAGGACGUCCUCCCAGUACCAGAACAUGUCUCAGGCAGGAGCACCGCAGCCUAAAUCCCAUCCGACGCCCCAGUUUAGUUUCCCGUCAGUGUGGGACGCUUCAGUCCAGGCUGCCAUCAGAGUGGGAGACUGGAAGCUGCUGACAGGUGACCCAGGCCACGGAGACUGGGUCCCGCCACAGGUUAUGUCCACUCUCCCUGGUCGCUGGUGGAACCUGGAACGUCCCGUCUCCCCGCUCCCCAAAUCCUCCUCCGCCCCGAAGAACGUGUGGCUCUUCAACAUCACGGCGGACCCCUGCGAGCGGCAGGACUUAGCGGCGCAGAGACCGGACGUCGUGCAGCAGCUCAUGGCUCGACUGGCCUUCCACAACCAAACGGCCGUGCCCGUUUAUUUCCCGCCCGACGACCCUCGAGCCAAUCCCAGCAGGCACAGCGGGGCCUGGGUUCCCUGGGUGGAGGAAGAGGAGGACGAGGAGGGGAAAUAUCACGGCGUGUACAAGAAAGAGAAGAACAAGAAGAAGAGGAAGAAGCCAAAGUGCCCGCUGUGCAAACUGCAAUCGUUCUUUCUGAAACUGAACACCGGGAUGAUGUCCAAUCGGAUCUGAGGAGUCCACUUUUUGUAAUAUUGUUUGGUACAUCGUCGCUUCCUUAAAUCAAUGAUAAGAGAGAUAACCAGGUGAGUUAAUUCCAGUAAACUCUUUCUUGACCAUGUUUCAUACGAAAACUUUUCAACAUGUAUUACUAUGUAAAAUAUGGACAUUAUGUAUACAUGCAGAAUUUGAGCUGAUUCAGGCUUUCAGUUCACCCAAAUCACAAAGUAUUUCAUGGCCUGUCCCUCGUGAUAUCCGGCCAUGCAGAUACUGUCUUUCCAAUGAUAUUUGCCACGGUUUUUGGUCAUUAUUGGUGGAUUUGUUCCCAGUAUCUUGUGCAAUAAUCUUGGAAUUUAGCAAUCCUCCUUCGUAAAAACAGCAGUGAUGUGGACUAUCUGCAUAGCAAGAGGCUAACUAAAGUAAGCAGGAAACAGUUUUUCUAAUAUGGGUGAACUGAGCCUUUAAAUUCCUAACUUUUUUGAUGGUAAAGGGGUUUUCUUGACUGUUGUUCCCUGAUUUAUUAUGUGAUUAUAUAUAUUGUGUUUCUCACAGAGGCAAGUGAGGAAAAAAUAAAUUUGGUGAUCCAUUUUCUAAGUCUGAUUUAGAAAAUGUUUGAACAUUUUUGAAAGUUCUUUCAUUAUAAUCAGUCUUUUCUAAUUAUUGUCACUUAAAAACUGACCAAAGGGCCGACACUGUGUGACAGAAAUGUAAUUUUACUGAGAACCACUGUGAUCAAAACUCUGUAAAGUGACAGUUAUUAAUGAAUAUUUACACCAAGUGUUCAUACCAUUCAUACCAACAGCGAGGCCCUAUUAUGCUUAUUGGGGUCUUCCCUUUCCUGUAGUGUGUUGUAUAGGUUUUUGUGCAUGUCAAUUGUCCAUUGGACUAGUUUGUCUGCUUCAGGGACACAGUGGCAUCACUAUAGCACUCGGCUUAUCGACUAGCGCUCCAACACAUUUUACGUGACAGGCUAAGGGGCGGGACAUCUCUAAGCGGUUGACCAAUCACAACAGAGCUGGCCAGCUAACCAAUCAGAGCAGAC